GAGUAGUCUUGCAAGUGAAAUAAACAAACCUUUUCAAACAAGUUAUGGCGAAUUUGUGAGAAAGUGACGCCUCGAGAAGAAAGCUCUGCAAUUACCAGAUAUCGCUCAUCGAGAAUAUUUAAAGAAAAAGGAUCGACUUUGAAACGAUAAUUACACAUCAAAAUGUCUGCUAAUCAGUAUACUAUUAGAGAAGUAGUCGAUCACCAGUUUCAUUCUGUGAGUAGUGCAGAUGAUGAAAAUGACACGGCUUCUGACGAAGAGCAAGUACCAGUCAUGUAUCAAUACGAGAUGGUGGGACCAUUAGAACGCACAGUAAAAAGACGUGGUCACCUUCCCAAAGAUGCGGUGAAAAUUUUGAAAACUUGGCUUUACGAACAUAGAUUUAAUGCAUAUCCCACAGAAAUCGAAAAACAUAUUUUAUCGCAAGAAACAAAUUUAACAGUACUACAAAUUAGCAAUUGGUUCAUAAAUGCAAGAAGACGAUAUCUUCCAGAAAUGAUGAGAAGAGAAGGCUAUGACUCGGUCCAUUACACAAUUACUAGAAGAAGAAGAGCAUCUACUUCCCCAAGAAAUUCCACUGAUGGUAGUACGGCAGUUCCAGUUAGUGGAAUUUACUACAAAAAGGGUAAAAAGAUGUUGAGAGUUGAUAGGGUCGAUAGUGAUACAGAAUAUGAAGUUGAUGCUAAUGGUUUCGUUGAGACAACACCAACACAGCAGGUGGAAAUGGCUGUACCGACUGGUAGUAGAAAGUUCAACCCUUGGAACCCUGAUGUACACUAUGGAUUAACUGUCAGUUCAGCAGAAAGAAGCAGACCUGAGACAGUUCAAUAUGUCCAACCACAGCAAGUGAUCCAGACUUCUAAUCAGACAACUACAUCGAAUCCUUUCCCAUCUAAUUUAGUAGUUGUAAAGACUGCUUCGGGGAAGAACAUUGUCCUAAAGGUUAUAUCUCAAUCUACAGAGAUUCCAAAACAAUAUUUGUUGAAGACAAAGAAAUCUGUUUCACCUGUGGUAGCCCCACUAGUUGAAGUAGUAAAUGAAGUGCCUCUUGAAGACCAAAUUUCUAUCGAAGAGCACGAAAUGGGUGGAGGAGAUGAAGAACAAACUGUAAUUGAAGAAGAAGAAGCUUUUGUUGAAGAAGACACGGAAGUUGAUGGAAUUGAAACAGUCGAGGGAGUUGACACUGAAUAUGUAGAAGGAUUAGAAACGGAGGGAGUAGAUGAAAUUGAAACUAUUGUAGAAGAUGAAGGUGAAACUUAUGUGGAAUCUGAAAUGGUAACCGUUGAAGAAGACGACCAAUUGUUUGUACCAGAAGAGGAUGUUGAAGAAGUUUUUGUGAACGAAGUGACAUUGGAAGAAGAAGUGAACGAAGUAACGCUGGAAGAAAAUGUAAACGAAGUUAUGUUGGAAGAAGAAGAAGAAUAUGAUGAUGCAGAUGAAAAUGUUAAACAGGAAAUAGAAACGGUUAUAGUGAAACAAGAAAUUUGAAUUGGGAUUUUUUAGUAAAAAAUAGUGUUAGUUGUAUUUUUUUUUUUGAGUUAUCUCUUGUUUUAAAUUGAUUUUCAUUAUCGGUAAGCUGCAGUUGUAUCGUGUAUGGAUAUUUAUUAUUUAAUCCAGUUUUGAUUUUUAUUAAUUUGUUGUAGUAACAAAAAUAAAAUAAAUUUAAUGUGAAACUACGAGUUCAUAAAUUGGUUGUAUAGUUUCUUUCAAAACGAUAGCAUCUGUGAUGCUUUUUACAUAAAUGAACUGUUUUAUUAUGUUUUCAGGUUAUAUUUAGUCCAUUCGAUUAUAUACACAGAUUUAAUCGGUAUAAAUAAACGGUUGUUUAUGAUAACUACAAUUUUUUGUAUGUGAAACAACAUUAGGCAUAUAGGACGUGUACAUUCUAAUCAAUAUGAAGAGGAAAAAUUGUUUUAAUAUAACAAUCAUUUUACAUUGAAGAAAUGAUAAAUUUCUUGUUUCACUUUUUGUAUAGUAAAAUAGAUGUAUUUAAUUUUGUGGCUGAAAUUUCUAGGAGCUAUCGGAUGUUACAAUAUCACCUUUCUCUACACGAAAAUUGUUUGUGAUUUUCAGAAAACCGUGUAUUGUACAGUUUUUAAAAUAAUAUUGUAGAUAUAGCAUGAUUCUUCUGUAUUUAAUUGUUAAACACGGGCUGGAUAGAAUUUUAAGUUUUCUAUUUAUUUAAAUUUCUUAAAUAUUAAUUUUAAUUGUCUCUUUUAUUGUUAGCAUACAAACAGAAUAAAGUUAUUUGGCUUAUCAUCACA